AGAAAACAUCUGAAUGAACCAUUUUUGCCAAGCACUUCCGCUCAACUUUGACAUGUCACUUGUCAAACGGAUUAACUAGAAAUCAUCACAAUGACAGGGUUUAUGGCAUUGUAACAUCAGUUUAACACAAAAUCAUAAAGUCUAAGUUUGGCAUGAGUAGAGGUUAUGCAAGACCAAACGACCGGGGAUCUCUCAUUAAAAAAAAUGAAGAUUAUCCAUAUGCACAAGUCCAAAAUGUUAAAAAAUCCCGGGUCUACGUAUUUGGCGAUGCAGACCUCGAGGAGGAUGAGAUCGUUGAAUAUGAAAUGUCUGAAAUGCGAUCCAGGAACCAACAAACUAAAAAGAACAAACAGAAAAAAGAACCACUUUUGUUUGAUAGGAAAAUCACUGAUGGAGACACGUUACAAAGUCUUUCCUUACAGUUUGGAUGUCCGGUAGCUGAAUUGAAGAGGGUGAAUAACUUUAUUACAGACCAAGACUUUUAUAGCCGUCGUUCAAUUAAAAUCCCAGUGAAGCAGUACUCAUUUUUAACAGAAAUGCUGGACAAACAAAAAGAGGAGGAAGUGGAUAAUAAGAUUACAAAUGGAAUGACUAUUGUUGAUGAAACGGAAGAGAAUGUUGGCUUUAUGGGAUCAUCUGAAACUGAUAAUGAUUCUUUACAUGACCUUAGUGACCCAGAGACUCAGCGUCAAGUCAUUAGAACUAUUAGCAUUAAUGACACGUUUCGUAGCCAGUCAAAAGAAGCCAAAGAAUUCUUGAAAAAUAUGGACAAAGAUUUAUCUAAAAUACGAAAAACUAGAGGUGACAACAGUUCAUUAGACGAGGUUGUGUCAUUACUUACUAGUCAACGAAUACAACCUUUUCCUAAAAAACCUGCAGCGGUCAACUGGGUAGACUGUGGUGUUCGAUGGUGGACUAUUGUUUUAGUGAUUAUUGUUGUGGCUAUUCUGGUUCCCUUAGUUAUAUUAGUUUAUUAUGAGUUAAGAAGCAAGUCUUGAUGGCUCAAGUCAUGUGAUAUUUUUAUUCUGGAUAGUUUUUUCCUGUCUCUCAAUUUUUUUUUAUUGAUCAUGACAGGCUGGUGUGAUAGAUUUGAAAUCAAUUAAGGGAGAUAAAUUUGUUUUGAUAAGAGAUGUUUUAAAUGGUGUACUUAAUCUCAUUUUUACAUGAACAGGUACAUAUACAAUGUAGUAAAAUAUAGUUUAUAACAGUUGGAAGUGAAACCUUUUCAAAAAACAAAAUUGGGUUUGUUUAUACAUGUAAUGUUUUUGUGAUACAAAAAUGUAAUGUACAUGUACAUUUAAGGAAUGACUGUAAUAUUUUUUCUGUCUAACUGAAUAACGCGCGUAGCGUGCACCACAUUUUUUAUGUUAUUUCGAAUAGACAGAAAAAAUAUUACAGUCAUUUCUUAUAAUUUAAUUCUAAAUUCCAUUUUAAACUGUAGAAAACCAUGAAAAAACAAUGACGUCACAGGCACAUGACUAAAUUAUGUCUAUGGGCUGAUAACAAAAUAGCGUCAGCCAAUCAGAAGACGUGUUACAUCCGUUACAUCCACAAUUAAAUUAUUUGUAGGUAAACAAAAUAUCAGUAUUCCCACUUUUAAUAAUUUGAAUUUAUUGAAAACUUAUUUUGUAUAUAUAUAUAUAUGUAAUUCAUGUUACUGCAUAUACAUGAAUCUGUUAAAAUGAAUACUCAGUACAUAUUUCAAUAUUUAAAAAACAUGUUAAACUGUAAAACAUGUGAUUUUAUUUUUUGAAGCUAUGAAAAGAAGUAUAAGUGCUAAAGAGAUUAUUUUUCCUGCUACAAGAUAGUUAACUAACCUCAUCCCCCUAAUCCUAUAGAGAAUGAGGUUUAAGAUUUAAGUCCUCCUCUGCUGAAUUUGCACUUCUUGCAUUUUUUAAUGAUUGAUCAUGUUGAUAGUUUCAAAAGUACACAUUUUAUAAAAGUAAUAAGAUAAUCCAUCUAAUUGAUGCUUGCUUAUAUCGUGCAAAGCAAGUGAGACAUAUCACUGUAUGCAUAUGUUUUAUAAACAUGUUUGUUAUAAAUAUGUAUAUUUACUAUGUUUCUUUUAAUCACAUGUUGUCAUUUAACUCGUUAUUCAAAAAUAGACAAUACUUUCAAAUAUGUUGCAUUUUAUUUUUGCACAAGAAGGUAGGAAUGGCCUUAAUUGUCAAAUCUUAAAACCACUGACUAGACACAGGAGAUGCACUCCCUUAUUCCUUUUAAAAAAUUGAAAUUUCACGGUCACCUUUCAUCGUUGAGACGUUUUAAAAUCUACAUCUUGGGCAGAAUUUUUUUGUCAUUCGGCACAUUUUUCUUUUUAAAAUUUUUAUUGUUGUGAUCCAUAAAUCUUUUCACAUUCCUUGAUCAGAUUGUUAGAUCUUAGGUCAUAUAAAUAUUCAAAUCAGCAAAAUAUAAUAGAAAUAAAAGUUGUGUGAAAGCUUAAGGUUCAACUAUCUUCUCAUUUCUUGGUGCUCAUUUGUAAAGCUUUGUUUGUGCUAAUCACAGUCAUUGUAAUUGACACAUACAUGUAGUAUCAAAGUUUUGAAAUUUUUAUUUAUAAUUAUUAUUAGUGCUUCAUAUUGUUGAUAGGUUGGAACACAGUAUAUACAAUAUAUGAUAUUGGCAAAAUUUAUUGCCCUCUUUCAUUUCAAGAUUUUGAAUACAAUACAUCUGGAAGGAAGGUCUAUUAUUUCAUAAAUAAUUUAACUAACUGUUCCAUGGACCAUUUAGCAUUCAAAUAUUUUUCAUAAACAAUUUGUUGAAUCAAAUAAAAAACACAAAAAAACACAAAGUUAAAAUAUUUAUGGUUAAAUCAACUUUGUCAUGUUUUUAAUUUGUUUCCUAGUAUCUUGAUAUUCAAGAUAUUUUAAAAUUCAAAUUAUCUCCCUUGUAUAAAAUGUGUUGCUGCUGCGACAUUUACAUGCUCAUAUUAGGUAGGUAGUGUGUCAUUUAUGUGUAAUAUAAUUACACACAAAUUGAAUGUUAAAUGAUGUUGUUCAUUUUAUUACUAUAUCAUGCUCAUUGUCAGUCUAAAUUACAUUAUAUGUUUAUCAGAUUGCAUUAUAUAAUAUGGCAUAAACCUGUACAUUGCUGGUCAUUUGGAUUUAAACUUUAAGAUUUAACUUAUAUAAUUACUGCUCAUAUGUUAGGGAGGUGAGAGAUUUUUAUAUGCAUGUAUUAUAUAGUGACAAGGAAACUGUUCCUUGGCAAAAUAAAAUUAAAGUGAUGGACAAAUUGAAGUCACAUUCCAAUUAAUUUUGUCAGACUCUUAUCUUAUUUGCUAAGAUAGAUUAAUAAGAUUUGCCUGGUCUCUUUUGUUUCCCAUUGAACCAAUAAAUUUUUCACAAAGUUAUAAAGUUUUAAGAAGGAAACAAUAAAAAGUAUAAUUUAAAAAAUAUAUUUAAAAAAAAUCUUUUCGCCUUUUAAAAGUCAUGGUCAUGGACUCAUGGUUUGGGUCUUGCCCAGGCCUAUUGUUAUUACAUGCAUUUACCAUUAACUUGAUUUUAGCUUUAUUAUUCUGCAUUUAUGAUUUUUGUUGUUAUAUUAUUUUUGAGUUUUUGAAUCAGAAUUUUAUAAAAAGAGAAAGUGAUAAUACAUUAAUGGUUAAAUGUUACACCAUUAAAGUCCAUAUCCUCUUUUUAUAAAACUGACUUUAUAAUUCUCAGAUCAUAUGUCUGUUAAUAGGCUAAAAGGGAUGGUCACUUCUGUCAGAAUUGAGAGAAAAUGAAAUUGUUUGAAAAUGUUGGUUUAUUAUUAAACAUAUCAAAAAGAUGGUAAUUGUACAUACAGAAUAUAUUAUAUAGAAUAGAUUUUAGAAAUAAUUUUGGUCAUUAUGACAAAUAUAAAUACACUAAUCAGUCAUUUUCCCUAUGAUAUGCAAGUUAAUCUAAAACAGGCAUCAUACAAACUAAUUGUUAUGUUAAAGACAUGAAAAAAUGGAACUCAUUAUUAGAAAUCACAUAUAAAAUUACAAUUUCUUUUAGAGGUGUUUAAAUUGGGGCCAUUUAUAUAGAUGUAUAUCAUUACUAUGAAUUAAUAUGAUUUGUUUUCCUACAUCCUAAUUAAUAAGAUCUUAGUCUCUUACAGCAACUGUCUUUCACAAUUUUCAUUUUUAAAAAGAAAAGUUAAAAAAUAUAUAUAUGGUUGUGGUUCUAAUGUUAGAUUAAAAGCUUUGAUAGUUUUCUAAAAACUAAUAGAAAAAGAUCACUGGUAUCUUCAAACUGAUUAAAAAUAUAGGCUAUGAAGCUCUUUUUCCUUGUAUCAGUCGAUAUUUAUGUUUUAAAAAAAUGGGUUCAAGUUUGUAAAAUUGUCCUUACAGUAAUUAUUCAUAAAUGUUAAGAUAUUGUGUUCAUGUUUAGAUUUUGAAUACUGUGAUAAUCUCCACCAUAAAUAGCUAGACCACUGGCCCAGGACAGUGAAAACAGAGUAGGCCUGGUUAGGAAAUUCAUGAAAAAAAUCAGAUAAUAGCCUUAUUGAUAUAUGUAUCAUUGUUUUAGUAGGUCAAGAGGUUUAUUGUGAAGACUGAAUUGUAAUAUAUUUAUUAUAAUGGUGAAGUGUGUUUACUAUGUUGAUCAUAUUAUUUCAGUAUUAUGUAUGUCAAAUUUACUGAAAUAUUUUAAAAUUCAGCAAUAUUUUGCAGGACAAAAAAAAUAACAAUUAAAAAUCUUUGAAAUA